AUGGUGGUGUGUCUGACUGGGCUAUGGAGGUAUCGGAAUUACCUGAUCAUAUUCCUCACCCCACUGUUGAUUUUACCUCUACCCAUAAUAGUUGGGGGACCGGAGGCUAGUUGUGGCUAUGUGAUCAUCCUGACGGCCCUGUACUGGUGUACAGAGUGCAUGCCCCUGGCUGUGACCGGUCUGCUGCCUAUCAUCCUCUUCCCUAUGAUGGGCAUUAUGGAGUCAAGCGAGGUGUGUACCCAGUACAUGAAGGACUCUAACAUGCUGUUCGUUGGAGGGCUGUUGAUGGCUAUAGCUGUGGAACACUGGAACCUUCACAAACGCAUCGCCCUCAGAGUACUUCUCGUAGUAGGGGUGAGGCCUGCCCUUCUGAUGAUGGGCUUCAUGGGCACCACAGCCUUCCUGUCCAUGUGGAUCGGUAACACAGCCUCCACUGCCAUGAUGCUGCCCAUCGCUAAUGCUGUGCUGAAGCAGCUGUGUGACACCGAGGCCCAGGCAGAGGAGAGGGAGAUGGACCUGAUGGCCAUCAGAGGGGCCGGGCCCGGGACUGGGAUACCUAAGGGCCAGGACAACCAAGCCUUUGAUAUGGAGCCCGAGCCAGAGGUGGAGGAGAGUCCGGAGGCGAGGGAGAGGAAGCUAAAGAGGGAGGCUAAGUACCUGAAACUGGAUAAAGGCAUGAGUCUCAGUGUGUGUUACUCUGCCAGCAUCGGAGGAACAGCCACCCUCACCGGCACCGCCCCGAACCUCAUCCUCAAAGGACAGGUCGACGAACUGUUCCCAGGAAAUGGAGACAUCAUCAACUUUGCCAGCUGGUUUGGUUUCUCCUUCCCCAACAUGGUUCUGAUGCUGAUCAUCUCCUGGCUGUGGCUGCAGUUUAUGUACCUGGGCUGCAACAUGAAGAAGUUGUUUGGCUGUGGAACGAAUAAAGAUGGUGACAAGGAGGCGUACGGGGUGAUAAAGAAUGAGUAUAAGAAGCUGGGCAGUGUGUCCUUCGCUGAGGGCUGCAUCCUGGUGAUGUUUGUCCGGCUGGUCCUGCUCUGGUUCACCACAGAACCAGGCUUCAUGCCCGGCUGGGCCGCUGUGCUCUUCAACAAGGACAAACCGUAUGUCACUGAUGGCACAGUGGCCAUGUUGAUGUCAACGCUGUUCUUUGUGAUCCCAUCCCAACUACCCAGAUGUGGCGGGUACUCUGAGGAUGGAAAGCCCCUGAAGGCCCCUCCCACCCUGCUCAACUGGGACGUGGUCCAUAAGAAGAUGCCCUGGAACAUUCUCCUGCUAGUGGGAGGAGGCUUCGCUCUGGCCCGGGGCAGCGAGAAGUCUGGUCUGUCUCAGUGGCUAGGAGAAAGUCUGGCCCCCCUGCAGUCCAUCCCUCCCGUUGCCAUCUCUUUCCUCCUGUCUCUACUCAUCGCCACUUUCACUGAGUGCUCCAGUAACGUAGCUACUACCACAUUGUUCCUGCCUAUACUGGCCUCUAUGGCCGUAGCCAUUAAGCUCCACCCGCUGUACGUCAUGCUGCCCUGCACCAUCUGUGCCUCGCUGGCCUUCAUGUUGCCGGUGGCCACGCCCCCUAAUGCCAUCGCCUUCUCCUAUGGCAACCUCAAAGUCAUGGACAUGGUGAAGGCUGGAUUCGUGCUGAACAUUAUUGGUGUCAUCACCAUCAAUAUCGCCCUGAACACCUGGGGAGCAGCCAUGCUCAAUCUCAACACCUUCCCUGACUGGGCCAAUGUUACCACCAUACCCACCCCUUGA